UAGCGCUCGGGCAUGUCUGACAUCACCACCGCCUUUCACCCGCCAUCACCACACUCUUGUUGUCGACAUAUCAUAUCUACGUCCACAACGCGCGCCUAUAUCCUGUCGUGUCUUGUCACUAAUUCAAACACUUUUUUUUUUAACCCCCAUGGUAUGCCACGGCACCCACCACGUCAUGUCAUGACAUGCCCAUUGGCAAAGCUCCAUUAGACUUCCCGCUGUCAUAUACAUGACGCGCCAUCUGAUCUAUCCGGCGAUUACUAUAUUGGCCCAUCAUAGUAAGAGCGACACGCGUCCUCUCGAUGCAAGCCAUCCUGCGGGGGAUCUACACUCCAUCGCGCCGUGUCCCAUGCAGCACAUUAGUCUAUCAGCAAUGAUAUGUGAUCAAAUAAUGCCUCAGGCGCUUUCGGACUACGCGAACACCCAAGAAAGUUCUCUAACGCUUAUCAGAGUGCGUUAUUGCGACGCGGGAGAACCAUCAUCGGUGCAGUGGGCGGGUCGUGCGCGUUGCGCAUCUCUCACACUUCCUGUCGCGACACAUGCUAACAGCCAAUACACGAUGACCAGACCGUUUGACACCUGUCAGUCGCAUUGCGAUUCAUCCAGAACAAGCCGGAGAUGUACUCGACCGUUCAAGCAAGUCCUUGCUAGGUACCACCAAGGACCCUUCCAGCAUUGACAGAACGAUAAAUCUCUCAGCAGAGAUUAUAGGUAAAGUAAUCACAGUGUGGGCGACUAUCCAAGCAUGCAACUCUUGGGACGAAUGCCUCGGCGGUGACCAGAUGCUAUGUA